AUGUGCUGUGAUUUAAAAAGGAGGUUUUUGCUCCUCUAUGCAACACAAAAGGGGCAGGCAAAAGCCAUAGCUGAGGAGAUAUGGCAGCAAGCAGGUGCCCAUGGACUUGAAGCUGAUAUGCACUGUAUGAGUGAAAUGGACAAGUAUAACCUGGAAACAGAAAAGGAUCCUGUAGUUAUUGUUAUUUCAACUACUGGUACUGGAGACCCACCAGACACUGCCCGCAAGUUUGUAAAGAAAAUUCAAGACACAGCCUUGCCACCUGAUCAUUUUGCACAUCUCCAGUAUGCAUUGCUUGGGCUGGGAGAUUCUGAGUACACGUUCUUUUGUAAUGGUGGAAAGACAGUAGACCGACUACUUCAAGAACUUGGUGCCCAGCACUUCUAUGACACUGGAUUAGCAGAUGAUUGUGUAGGUUUGGAAAUAGUGGUUGAUCCUUGGAUUGAUGGACUGUGGCUUGCCCUCAAGGAAGCAUUUAUACUGCAGAAGGAAAAAGAAGACAUGAGCAGCAAUGCUGUUUCUGGCACUCCCUCUGCAGCCUUGCACAUUGGAAAUGAACUAAACUUAAGCUCAGAAGUGCAGAACUUGAAGCUAGAAGAUGGAGUGAGGAGUUCUGAUGCUUUGACUCAGAAAGUGGUUGACAUCCAUCUUGAGGCUUCAACUAGAGAUGCUGAACCUUCACUUGUUUGUUCUGUGCCCCCUGUCUCUCACUGUGCUCUUAAUAUUCCUGCCUUGCCACCAGAAUACUUAGAGGUGCAGUUUCAGGACACCCAUGGUGAGAAUCCACAUCUGUCCUCACUGAUUUCAGAGGGAACAACCUUUGAAGUGCCAGUUACAAAAGCAGUUCAGCUCACUAGGGAAGAUGCAAUAAAAACUGCAUUGCUCUUAGAACUUGAUAUUGCAGAUACAGUCUUUGACUACCAGCCUGGAGAUGCCUUCUGCGUAAUAUGUCCUAACAAUGUCAAAGAGGUAGAAGAACUUCUUCAAAUCUUGGGACUUUCUGAUAAAGAAGAUCACUUUGUUUGUGUAAAGGUUAAGCAGGGCACUAAAAAGAAAGGAGCAACUCGUCCACAACAUAUCCCUGAAAGAAGCACUCUGAAGUUCCUUCUAACCUGGUGUCUAGAAAUAAGAGCAAUUCCCAAAAAGGCAUUUCUGCGUGCUCUUGUAGAAUGUACCAGUGACGCAGGAGAAAAACGGAGGCUUCAAGAGCUUUGCAGCAGACAAGGAGCCUCUGAUUACGCACAGUUCAUUAGAGAUUCUAAUGUUUGCUUGCUGGAUUUACUUCAUGCUUUUCCAAGCUGCAGACCUUCACUUAACCUGUUAAUUGAACACCUUCCAAAAUUACAAGCCAGAUCCUAUUCAGUUUCAAGUUCAAACUUCUAUCAACCAGGAAGACUAUGCUUUGUGUUCAAUAUUGUGGAGUUUUCUACCUGUCCAGCUAGACCAGUCCCACGUAAAGGAGUGUGUACAGGGUGGCUUGCUGAGUUAGUUGCACCUCUAUUGCACCCUAGUAAAAACACACUGGCCACAAAAGGAGGAACCUCUUCAACUGAAAAGAUAUCUAUUUUUGCUCGUCCAAACAAUACCUUCCACUUACCUGUAGACCCAUCUGUCCCGUUCAUGAUGGUUGGUCCAGGAACAGGAAUUUCACCAUUUAUUGGUUUCCUACAACAUAGGCAGAAGCUCAGAGAAGAACAUACAGACUGGAAAUUUGGAGAGACAUGGUUGUUUUUUGGUUGUCGGCAUCAGGAUCGAGACUAUUUGUUCAAAGACGAGCUCAAAUGUUUUCUUGAAAAUGGCACGCUAACUCAUCUUAAGGUUUGUUUCUCAAGAGACUCUUCAACUGCAGAAGUAGGCCCACCAAAAUAUGUGCAAGAUGUCCUUAGGCUUUACCCUAAGGAAGUUACCAGAGUCCUGCUGGAAGAGAGAGGUUACUUCUAUGUAUGUGGAGAUAAGAAGCACAUGGCUGAUGGUAUAAGCGAGGCUGUAGUGGACAUUUUAAGCAUGGAAAUGGAAGCUGACAAAUUGGAAGCAAUGAAGAUGCUGGCUGUGCUUCGAGAAGAGAAACGAUAUUUGCAGGAUGUUUGGAGCUAA